AGAGAAUUCAUGAAUCAAGAGUUGCCCAUUGCACAAAUUAGCCCAAUUGUUAAUAAAAAGGAAGAAAUAAACAAAAUCACAAAAGUCAUCUAAACUUUGAAGAAUCUUUACCAACGAGAAUCUCACAAAAGUUGGAAUCGUGCACGCCUCUCGAGUUAUCUCCGGCUCCGAUACUCCAUCUGGUGGAUUCUGUAGAAGAAAAAAUUUCAAUCUUUGUUGGAUUUUCUGGGAAAAACUCAGAUGGGUUUGCUCUGAAUCGAUUGGAAAAUCAAACCGGUGUGGACUCUGCAAAGUUGGUUGAUAUGAACAGUCUUGUGAGAAGAAAACAAGUUGAUUCUGUUCAUCUUAUCAAAAACGAUGGACCUCAUCAGCUUGCCAAGAAACUAUCCGCCGUUGAUCUUGUUGCUAUUGGAGUUGGGACAACAAUUGGAGCAGGAGUGUAUAUUCUUGUGGGAACGGUAGCUAGAGAGCACACAGGACCUGCUCUUGCUGUAUCAUUCUUCAUUGCUGGAGUAGCUGCUGCUCUCUCUGCCUGUUGUUAUGCUGAGCUUGCUUCUCGUUGUCCAUCUGCUGGGAGUGCUUAUCAUUAUGCGUACAUUUGUCUUGGAGAAGGGAUUGCUUGGUUGGUUGGUUGGGCACUGGUGUUGGAUUAUACAAUUGGUGGAUCAGCCAUUGCCCGUGGCAUAACUCCAAAUCUGGCAUCUUUUUUUGGUGGUUUGGACAAUCUUCCUGUGUUCUUAGCUCGACAAACUAUACCCGGGGUUGGUAUUGUGGUUGAUCCAUGUGCUGCACUUUUGAUUAUGAUUGUCACGAUACUACUAUGUUUUGGGAUAAAGGAGAGUUCAACAGUACAAGCAAUUGUAACAUCAGUGAAUGUUUGCACCUUGGUUUUCAUCAUAGUAGUUGGUGGAUAUUUAGCUUGCAAGACUGGAUGGGUUGGAUAUGAUCUCCCCAGUGGGUACUUUCCUUUUGGACUAAAUGGGAUACUUGCCGGAUCUGCUGUAGUAUUCUUCUCAUACAUUGGAUUUGAUACUGUAACUAGUACGGCUGAGGAGGUGAAAAAUCCUCAAAGGGAUCUUCCAUUGGGAAUCGGGAUUGCAUUACUGAUAUGCUGCAUUUUGUAUAUGCUUUUAUCAGUAGUUAUUGUUGGAUUGGUCCCAUACUAUUCAUUGAAUCCUGAUACUCCUAUCUCCUCUGCAUUUGGAGACAGUGGGAUGCAAUGGGCAGCGUACAUCUUAACCACUGGGGCAAUAACUGCUCUAUGUGCGAGUUUGUUGGGUUCCCUUCUGGCUCAGCCACGAAUAUUCAUGGCAAUGGCUAGGGAUGGAUUGUUGCCAGCUUUCUUUUCAGAAAUUAGCCCACGAACUCAAGUACCAGUGAAAAGCACAAUAGCUAUUGGUGUUCUUGCCGCUGCACUCGCAUUUUUCAUGGAUGUUGCACAGUUGUCCGAGAUGGUUAGUGUAGGCACUCUAAUGGCAUUCACUGCCGUUGCAGUCUGUGUGCUAGUUCUUAGAUAUGUACCACCAGAUGGAGUUCCCCUAUCAUCUUCCUCCCAAACUUUGAGUGAUACCGAUGAAAGUAGAGCUGAAACUGAAAAUUUUCUUGUGGAUGCUAUAGAAUCUUCUGAUUCCCCUCUACUUGGAAAUGAAACUGCUCGAGAUGAAAAGUAUUUUGGAAAGAGGAGAAAAAUUGCUGCCUGGAGUAUAGCUCUUGUGUGCAUAGGUGUCCUAGGUCUUGCUUCAGCAGCUUCAGCUGAGCGUCUUCCAAGUUUUCCUCGUUUCACUAUAUGUGGUGUCAGUGCAGUCAUCUUGCUUGGCAGUUUGAUUACUCUUGGCUACAUUGACGAGGAUGAAGAAAGGCACAACUUUGGACACAAAGGAGGGUUUCUCUGCCCAUUCGUCCCAUACCUUCCAGUUCUUUGCAUUUUGAUCAACACCUACUUGAUCAUCAACAUUGGAGCUGGGACAUGGAUCAGGGUCUUGAUAUGGCUACUUAUUGGAAGCAUGAUCUAUAUCUUCUAUGGCCGAUCUCACAGCUUACUGAACAAUGCGGUUUACGUUCCCACAAUGACUUGUACGAGAAAAACAACAGAUCAUCUUGCUUAAGAUUGGUGGAUCAAUGCUGCAGUUAAAGGGACUCGAGCUCAAGCUUUGUUGUUGCUGAAGUAGCAUCUAAAGAGAAUUAAACAGUUUGGCACAAGAGUAAACACAAGCCAAUAUAUACAACAACAUUUUAUGUACAUUGAUAGUCAUUCCAUUUUCAUGUACACAAGCCAAUGUAUAUCUCUUAAAUGCCAAUUUCAUGUUUUAUUCCUUUUUCCAUUUCCAGUUAUAAAGUUUGCCAAUAUUGGUUAAAUGAUCUUGAAACUGCCAAGUCCAUCUAGUAAGUCGAAACAUAACAAAAACUGGGAAACUUUGAU